AUGAGUGCGGGCGAGCUACAAGCGCUUCUGCGCUUCCUAUCGCAAGACGCCAAGGUGCCUUUAGCAACUGCGAUGAGCAAGGUUAAAGACUUACAGAAAGCGAGCCUAGACUCACCUGAAAAGCUUGCGAAAGUGAAGCAUACUGAUAUCGCAGUACUAUUCACGGACGAAAAGGUAGCCAAGCAAAUCAUAAGUGCCGCGAAGCGUGUCUCGAAGAAACGGGCAGCUGGCGACGAUGCAGCAUUAUCUCCGGCGAAGAAGAAGCGACAUGACUUCUCUGCGGGUCCACCAUCAGGACCACUGGAUCUCGAAGCGUCCAUAGCCCUCCCUGUCAGCACUGCUAGUGAAGAGGAGCUGUCUAAUGCUGUGGUUCAUAGUAAUCGAGCACCGCUUGUGUUAGCAUUUACGGUGACACUGCUGAAGCAUACCAUGCCUGAGCAGCCUCUGUCGAGUAGGUUGAGCCUCGCGCAAGCCUACGUAAGUACUACUAGCCGAUCUCGGGCUGUCAGUCUUGGUAUACAAACUCUUGACAAGGCAGAGAUUGAGGCUGAAGAGCGACUGGCGGAAGGUCAACCGUCAGUCAGUAUCAUGGGCAAGGGGUUGCGCGUGCUCCGACGAUGGGGCUAUGAGUGGAACCAGCCAGCAGAGGGCGAACCGAAGUCAAAGUCUCAGACGGACGAGACGGACGAUGAGCCUGAUACUCAAGACCAGAGUAACCGGCCGCCCGCUCUCUGGGCUCUGGACUUGGAAGCGCUUCGAAAAUCAAACCGAUCAGACAUCGCGUCUGCUAAUAUCGCAGCUGGGAACCAUAGCAAACUUCCCAUAUAUACUCCGCAAUCUGCCCGUGCAUACCUCCUGAAGUCAUUCGACUCUGUCGACCCAAGUGGAAAGAAGCCGUCUGCAGCUGCUCGUGUGGAGCGGAAAGCCAGCAAUCUUGGUCACUUACUUCGAACGAUAGAAUUGCUGUACGAUUCUUGGGCGAAAGUGCUCGAGCCAGAGGAACUCGAGAAGCGUACGUGGGGCUGGUACGUUAAGGUUCGACCAGCAGUCGAAGACGGUGUGGCUGGCUGGGGUGGCAAGAACGAGAUCAAGCUCUCCGAUAUCCUGGCACUUAGAAAGCAGCAAUAG